AUUUAUAAACAAAACAAAUUUCGUAAUUUUAACAACAAUGUCGUUUAAUUUAAACUAAAAAUCAUGCGUCUGCUACGUAAUUAUGCAACCAAAGCAAGUCGUGAGCACUAUGCUAGCAGCAGUCUAAAGAUUUAUCGUAAAUUACCUAGUACAAGUCAAUUAAAAUCAAAAUAUGCGCCAAGACAAAACCCGCGGAGCCGGCCAAAUUCGGAAUAUGCUGAGAAUUUGGUGAAGGUCCAAAUGAUAUCAAAGAACUUACACCGGCAAAUCUUUCCACAGGCUAAACGAGAGUAUGAUGAACCACAACGCGAUGCGGCAACGCGCUACAAUGCGGAGCUGCUGCGUCAUGGAAUAGAUGUGGAAAGCGGCUCAGCUAUGCCUGAUGUCGAGUUGAAAUUACCGCCAUUGCGUGGUAAGAAUAUUGAGGAGCACUUUUACAGUAUAGCCAAGGAGCAGGUGACACCUUAUGAGGCGCUGUUGCAGCCGCUGGUGGACUGUGCACAACUGCCAGCCAAGCCCAAGCGCUGGCUAUUCCAAACCGGCUGGACAGCCUAUGAUGAAGAUGGGAGCGCCACACCAGUGGACAAGCCCAUGGAGCAAGGCAUAGUAUUCGAUGUGGAGGUGUGUGUGCGCGAAGGCAGCGCCCCAGUGCUGGCUACUGCAGUCAGCACCAAACGCUGGUAUUGUUGGGUGAGUUCCAAGUUGACGAAACAUCGCACAAACGUGAAGCCUGUGGAGCUUUGUGAUGCGCCGGAGAAUGAGCGACCGCACUACACGCCGGAUGAGCUCAUACCGCUGGGCACGGGAACACCUGGACUGGUGGUGGGUCACAAUGUGUGCUACGAUAGAGCACGCUUGCAGGAGCAGUACUUACUAGAGGACGCAGGCACACGUUUUGUGGAUACCAUGUCGCUGCAUAUGUGCGUAAGCGGCGUCACCAGCUAUCAACGGGCGCUGCUCAAGUCUAAGAAAGAACCAGCUGAAGAGGAUUUGGCUUGGCUGGAGCAGAGCGCGCUUAAUAGCUUGGUGGAAGUGCAUCGUUUGUAUUGCGGCGGCCCAGCUUUGUCCAAGGAGCCGCGUAAUAUUUUUGUUGAAGGCACGCUCGAGCAGGUGCGUCAACAUUUUCAAGCGCUGGUCAACUACUGUGCCAGUGAUGUGGAAGCAACUCAACGCAUCUUACGAGUACUUUAUCCUAUGUAUGCGCAGCGAUUUCCACAUCCUGCUAGCUUGGCGGGCAUGUUGGAAAUGGGCUGCGCUUAUUUGCCAGUCAAUGGCAACUGGGAACGCUAUAUACGCGAAGCUCAACUGACGUACGAAGAUCUAAGCAUUGAAGCCAAGUAUCAUUUGGGUCGUCGUGCGGAGGAAGCGUGUGCGCUGUUGCAGGACGAGCAAUACAAGCAGCAUUUGUGGCUCUGGGAUGAGGAUUGGAGCGUGCAAAAGCUGAAGCUUAAGCAAGCACCUAAGCGCAAGGCGCUGCCUACAGCGCCGAUGCCAGAUGAGGGGCAACUCAAUGAGGAGCAGCGUCGCUUGCAGCGCAAGUUUCAACAUCUUUAUGAUCAGCAGGCGCUGCUGCCAGCGCGUCGUCCAUUGCUGCCCGGCUAUCCACAGUGGUAUCGUAAGCUCUGUCGCAAGCCGCCAAGCAACUACAAUGAGGAGCUGGAUGAGGAGGAGCCUUGGCUGCCUGGCGCCAGCGAAAUCAGCACAGGCAUGCAACUGGCACCCAAGCUAUUGUCACUCUGCUGGGAAGGGUAUCCUCUGCACUAUCAGCGUGAACAUGGCUGGGGCUUCCUAGUUCCCUUCCGUCGUGCUGACCAACAGAGUACGCUGCCCUUGGACCAGCUGCUUGAGCGCUGUGCCAUUCCUGAGUUUGCGCGACAGUUUGCGGCAGCAGAGGAAGGCAAUGCCGCUUUGGAGCUGCUGCCACGCCAGCUGGAAGAGCACUUGGGCAAGCGUCAGUUUCACAAGAAGAUCUCACAGCAGCAGCAGCGCCUGGAGCAACAAUACAAAGGUGCUGGCGUCUGGUGUAAUCAAGUGUUAGAUGACUGUUGCUUCUUUCUCAAGCUGCCACAUAAGAACGGUCCCAGCUAUCGCGUGGGCAAUCCACUGUCCAAGGACUUUCUUAAUAAGUUCUCGGAGCAUGCGCUGAGCAGCGGCGACACCAGCUGCCACGCGGCCACGCGCGUCAUAGAGAUAGCACGAAUGAUGAGCUAUUGGCGCAACAAUCGCGAUCGCAUACUCAACCAAAUGGUAGUCUGGCUGCAGUCGGAGCAGCUGCCAGCAGAGCUUAAGCCGCUCACACCCAGCUUGGCGUUUGGCGCCAUUUGUCCGCAGGUUGUUGUUGCCGGCACACUAACGCGUCGCGCCAUGGAGCCCACCUGGAUGACGGCUUCGAAUUCACGCGCCAAUCGCAUAGGCUCAGAGCUGCGUGCCAUGGUGCAAGCGCCGCCGGGCUAUAAGCUUGUGGGCGCCGAUGUGGACUCGCAAGAGCUGUGGAUAGCCUCGGUUCUGGGCGAUGCGUAUGCGCAUGGCCAGCACGGCGCUACGCCUUUGGGCUGGAUGACGCUCAGCGGCAGCAAAUCCAAUGGCAGCGACAUGCACUCCAGCACGGCCAAAGUGGUGGGCAUAUCACGUGAUCAUGCCAAGGUGCUCAACUAUGCGCGCAUCUAUGGUGCGGGUCAGCAGUUCGCCGAGACGCUGCUGCAGCAAUUCAAUCCCAGUCUGAGUGCCACCGAAGCUAAAGCCAAGGCUAUGAAAAUGUUCGCCGCCACCAAGGGCAAGCGUGUGUAUCGUCUACGUGAGGAGUACCACGAUGAGCUGGAGGACAGAAGCUACAGCGGCUAUGAAGCCACACGGCUUGCUGCCCAACGCAAUCGCAUCGUCUCUGAACUCUUCCAUAGACCACGCUGGCAGGGUGGCACUGAGAGCGCCAUGUUCAAUCGGCUGGAGGAGAUUGCUACACGCGAGCAGCCGCAGACGCCGUUUCUGAACUGUCGCCUAAGUCGCGCGCUGGAAUCAGCUGGUGGCUCAGAGCAGGAGCAACGUUUUCUGCCCACACGUGUCAACUGGGUGGUGCAGAGUGGCGCUGUGGAUUUUCUGCAUCUUAUGUUGGUUAGCAUGCGUUGGCUGCUGGGUCCACAUGCACGCUUCUGUCUCAGCUUUCAUGACGAGCUGCGCUAUUUGGUGAAGGAGGAACUGGCCUACAAAGCUGCGCUGGCCAUGCAUAUUACAAAUUUGUUAACGCGCGCCUUUUGUGCCUCGCGUCUUGGCCUAAAUGAUCUGCCCAUGUCGGUGGCCUUUUUCUCAUCCGUCGAGGUGGACACAGUUCUGCGCAAGGAGUGCACUAUGGACUGUCAGACGCCCUCCAAUCCGCAUGGUCUGCAGAUAGGCUACGGCAUACCAGCGGGACAGACGCUAAGCAUACAGCAAGCCAUUGAGCAGGCGGGUGGCAACGAUUUAACGCAGUGGGCGUGGCUUAAGCGGCAAACUAGUUGAUUGUUAACUCUUUGUAAACGAUGACAAUAAUUAUUGUGAAUUUGUU